ACGCCAUUCAGCAGGAGCGGGAUGCCACCAUUCGACACCUCAAGGCCCUCAAGUCCAAGAUGGAAAGUUGGCGUAGCAAGGAAGCCUCUCGACUCGCUGAAUUUAUCAAAAAUGCAAAGGAUUGUGAAUAUCAACUGCGUGACACGGUGCGCAGAGCUGAAAAAAUUUUGUGUCUGGUCGAGCUUGGCAAACCAUUGGAGACAGAGCGUGAACAGGUGUUGUCGUUUGAGUCCAACAUUGCCACCAGUGAAAUUGAGCAGGAGGUUAAGCGGUUGAUGGCGAACUCAGACGCCGCGGAAGCGCAGGACGAGUCGGCAGCACCUGAUGGAGCGGCGUUCUCAGAGGAGUGGCGGUUGCUGGAAAGAUUUUGGACGAAACACAACAAGGUGGUGCUUGAUAAUGCCGCCCUCUCACAGGAGAAGUACCAUCUGGAGGAGGAGAACAAGAAGCUGCAGGUGCUACUUAAGCAGUACCUUGAGGAACUUAGUGUUAGCGAUGCCGUGAUGCAGGGGCCCAACACACUUUUGCUCAUGAGUCGUGCUCCGAACGUGGUGGAGGCAGCAAAACGAGCGAAACGUGGGGCAGGCGCCUACAAUACCGUGGUGGAGGGAAACAAGUACGUUUCUGAUGUAACGAAACAGCAGGUCCUUCGUUGA